GGAAAUCAGGGCCGGAUCUUCGGGUCGCCCUUCUCGACGCUGGUCUCGCGGGAGGCGUCACACAAACAAAUCCAAUUGGAUAUUCUGAACGCAAUGCGUUCACUACUCAAACACGACGUCGACAUGAGUUCAAUGAGCACUUGCGGUCUGAAUCUAAGGCUUCGUGUGAUCGGCGGUAUUCCCGGCAAAUCCUAUCUGCCCGACGACGUGGACCAUCCCUUAUACGUACAAACAGUGGACAAAGCGUUGACCGGAAGCGAGGAUAAGGAGUAUAGAGGACCCGUUCACCUGAAGAUUGUGGUCGAAUGGGAUCUCGAUAUGAGAAAUGGUUUUGUGAUAAAUGGCGAACAAAUUGAUGAGCCGGUGGUCGACAGUUCGGUCGAGUUGGCCAAAGCGCGCUCCCAGAAGACCAACAGAGCGACACUUCGGGACUGUUUCGACAUGUAUUUCAAAGAGGAACGGUUGGCGGACGCCGUGUGUCCGUCGUGUCGACGGCGACAGCAAUGCACCAAAAAGUUGAGCCUCUGGUCCGUCCCCGACAUCUUUAUUAUACAUUUGAAACGUUUCCGUCAAUCAUCUCAAUCACAACGAACUAAACUGACGACACAAAUACUGUUCCCGCAAAAUGGUUUGGAUAUGAGCGCUUAUAUAGCGCCCCGUUUUUCCACCCAAACCAACGGAAACAUUAACAAUGGUUUGCCAGCGCUUUGGUCGCCGUGGAAGCGGUCG